AAGAUAACCGAAUCAUUACUUAGUUGGGCCCACUGAUUUGCAGUCGCUCAUUUGCUUCAACUGGUUCCAAUAAAUAACAGAUAUCUAAAUGGAACGUUACAAGCUCGGACCCGCAACGAUCGAGUAUGAUCCUAUGUGUGAUAAAGAAAAACCACAGAGAAUUUCAUUUGAAGAUGUUUCGGCAGCUGCUUUUAGGAUUCAAAGUGAGAUAGUGAAAACGCCUUGCGUGAAAUCUCACAUGUCUACGACUUUUGGAAUGGAAAUUUAUCUCAAGAAUGAUUUCCUGCAACAUACUGGCAGUUUCAAAGAGCGUGGUGCACGAAAUGCUCUUCUGCUUUUAAAUAAGGAGACCAAAGCUCGCGGUGUGAUUUCUGCUUCUCUGGGAAUCACUCGCAGGCGCUGAGUUUCCAUGCCAACAACCUCAACAUCCCUGCAACCGUGGUGAUGCCCAACGUAGCUCCGAUUAUGAAAAUCCAAAA